GCUGAUUUGCGGGGGCAGAAAAUCGAGAGUGGAUCUGCUCCUCAAAUAGGGCGUCUCACAUGGUCAUAUCGGUGUGGGGCGCCCUGCGUGAGGAACAGAUCCCAAUUCCAGAAUACCAUCAAAUUUAUCAUGAAACUAACCAAGCUGCGGAUUUGAGGGCAAGGGAGGCUCUAUGACUCCUCUCUUUCUUCUUUGUAAUGUUAAUUUGCCUCGAUCUUUUCUCUCUUAUUUGUUACGGUGAUUUGUGGGCGUUGGCCGUUGGGCGAUAAGGGCAGCAGCAAGCCAACGAGUGAGUAGCCCGAUUGGAUCGGACCGAGAGUGUGAGUCCAAGACGAACCCUAAGAGCAGAAGACCUCAUUCCAGCCUCCAGGUCCGGGCAUUCGUGUAGGUUUGAAUUUGUAUCCCGUCUCGUCAGUUGCAGUCGAAGUUGAAAACAGAGCUGCAUUGGAACCAAAAGGAUUAUACGAAAAUGAGACGGAGACCUUUUCUAUUGCUCUUGUAGCAGCACAACCGUAGUGUAAAAUGUAAAUGUAGUCCUUAGAUGGCUCGACGAUCCUGCGUUCGAGCUCUUCUGRCCAGCCGGAGGCCGCCCUGUGGCUUCACCUUCCUCUGGCACAGUCCUACGCCACCUAGCAAUAUUAAUGGAGUAAAGAGCUUCUUGUCUUGGGGCGAAAGCGAAAGAGACGUUGCCAAUUCAUUUGGAGCUUUAUUGGGUCAUGCACUCAACUCACUCAGGAAAACCACCAGAGUGACACCCCAGAGAUUGAACUGUUGCAGUUUAAUCUCAUUCUCAUCUAUGCGGAGAUGUCGAGCUCUCUCGGUUGGAUUUUGCGGACUUGCUGGAGCAAAAGAAGAGAAACUGCUGGGUUGUCAUAAUUCAGGUGAUGAUCUCAUAGUUGUGGAUUCUGCCGCUGAUACCGCCGGUAGUGCUGAAACAAAAAGGGUCAAGAGAAUCCGCAAUAAAUCAUUCGUUGAAUUCAGCAAAGUUGACACUGAGCUACUCCCAACUGUAAUUCUUGUUGGGCGUCCUAAUGUAGGCAAGUCGGCACUCUUUAAUCGUUUUAUCCGGAGGAGGGAAGCUCUUGUAUAUAACACCCCAGACGAUCAUGUUACAAGGGACAUACGUGAAGGAAUCGCAAAAUUGGGUGACUUGCGGUUUAGGGUAUUGGAUUCAGCUGGCUUAGAAACGGCAGCAUCUUCGGGAAGUGUUCUUGACAGAACUUCUGAAAUGACUAGAAAUGUGCUGGCAAGGACACAAUUUGCAAUCUUCUUGAUAGACGUCAGGGAUGGUUUGCAACCAAUGGAUGUAGAAGUUGGGAAGUGGCUGCGCAAGCAUGCACCUGGAAUCGCUACCAUUUUAGUGAUGAACAAAUCUGAAUCACUUGAUGACCAAAGUGGGUUUCUUACUGCAGUAGCUGGGGAAGCCCAUAAAUUAGGAUAUGGGGAUCCCAUUCCUAUAUCUGCAGAGACUGGAUUGGGUAUGGUCGAAUUAUAUGAAACCCUUCAGCCUUUGCUUGAUGAUUAUAUGCUCCAUGUUUUAAAUGACAGAGAAAGCGAGGAUAAUUGCUUCUCAGAGGUUGAGGAGUCUAAAUUACCCUUGCAGUUGGCAAUUGUAGGACGGCCCAAUGUUGGGAAGUCUACACUGCUGAACACAUUAUUACAACAAAAUCGUGUUCUGGUUGGGCCAGAAGCUGGUUUGACAAGAGAUUCGGUCAGAGCUCAGUUUGAAUUUCAAGGGCGAACAAUAUACUUGGUUGAUACUGCAGGGUGGCUGCAAAGGACAAAGCAGGAAAAAGGACCAGCAUCCUUGAGUAUUAUGCAGUCAAGAAAAAGUCUUAUGAGGGCUAAUGUGGUUGCUUUGGUCCUUGAUGCAGAAGAGAUUGCAAGAGCCAGAAGCAGCAUGAAGCAUUCUGAGGCAGUUAUAGCAAGACGAGCAGUUGAAGAGGGUCGUGGUCUGGUUGUUAUUGUGAACAAGAUGGAUCUUCUAAAAGGGAGCAAAAAUUCUAAGUUAUAUGAGAAGGUUAUCAAAGCUGUUCCAGAAGAAAUUCAAACUGUCAUACCCCAGGUGACAGGGAUACCAGUUGUAUUUGUUUCUGCAUUGGAGGGAAGGGGUCGGACAGCAGUCAUGCGCCAAGUCAUUGGAACUUAUGAAAAAUGGUGUUUAAGAUUGUCAACAGCACGCCUUAACCGUUGGCUGCGCAAGGUUAUGAGCAGGCAUUCUUGGAAAGAUCAAGCUGCACAACCCAAAAUCAAGUACUUCACACAAGUUAAAGCCCGACCACCAACUUUUGUUGCUUUUAUGAGUGGGAAGAAACAACUAUCAGAUACAGAUCUGAGGUUCUUAACCAAGUCUUUGAAAGAAGACUUCGAUAUGGGUGGGAUACCCAUUCGGAUAAUGCAGCGAUCUGUCUCUAGGAAAGAAGGUAGCGGUAGCUGUGGCAGUAAGAACCAGUCUACUGGCAAGAUGCCUGAGAGGAUCUUGUCUGACAAGAGAAGUGCCUCCACUUUAUUACAUUCAGUAUGACCCAUUCCGCUGUGGAAGAGUAAAAAAGCUGUCUUCCCCUGUUCUAAAAUCUAAACAUGGCAGAAGUUUUCAGGGAUGUAUAUUAGUUUCUAUGCUAUAUUUAUUCAUUAAAAAUUAAUUGAAGGAAAAUGGAAAUGAUGGUUGAUUUAAUUGCUUGCAUUAA